CGACGACGCGCCAACAUGCCCGAAACACCCCUCACGCUCAAGCCUGCCGCCUCAGCCCCGGCCACGCCGAAGCCCACCCCCACCCGCGCAGCCCUCAAGCCGUGGGACUUUGAGUACAUCCCCGCCAAGGACGGGCGGGACGCCAACCUCCUCAUCAUGUUCCACGGGCUCGGGGACACCAAGGCUGCGUUCGCGGGGCUCGCGAGGCAGCUGUCUCUGCCGUCGACUGCUGUGAUCUCGCUUCAGGCGCCGAACCCCGUCCCGCUCAUGGACACCCCCUCUUGGAGCUGGUACAACACCUUUGACCCGAUGUUCAACCCCCUCCCAAACCCCGACCCGAGCCCAACAGUCGCACCCCUCCGCGCGCUCCUCGCGCAGCUCGUCGGGCUGGGGUGGCGCCUGCCCCAGAUCCACCUGUUCGGCUGGGCACAGGGCGGGACGAUGGCGCUCGAGCUCGCGCUCAGCGUCGGACGGGAAAGCGUCGACGUGCAGCUUGAGAGCGGAGAAACCGUGUCCGGCAAGCGGUUGGGAUCAGUCGUCUCCGUGUGUGCUGGCCUCGAGAGCUUCCCCACCGGCGAGAACAAGGCCGCGACGCCCGCCCUGUGGUUCACGCGGGCCGACCCCCGCUCGGUUGUGGGGCAGCGCGCCGAGGCUGCGCUGAGAAAGGGCUUUGUGCAUCUCGAAGUCGUGCGUGGCGACGCGGCCAGAGGACAGGACAUGCCCCGCAGUACUGCCGAGUGGACCGGCAUCAUGCGCUUCUGGGGCCAGGUGCUCGCGCGGGGAGACGAGGGCUGGAAGGGACAAGGCGACGUCUACGAGGUGGUCAAGAGCUAG